AUGGCACAAGCUGGAUCACUGCCCAAUUUGGUUUCAACAGGUGGUGACAGAAUACAUACUUUUGGUCACAUCUUGUAUUGCAGCCUAAGACAAGUGUCCCUGCAGCUUUGGAUCUGUCUGCGGCGUCAGAGCGAUUUGUGUGGUUUGCAUGAUGGGGGAGCCGUGGCCAUCGCGUGCCCUGCUGACUGUCCUUGUUUCCAUCCCAUCCCAGGUUACGGACAUGCUGCCCCAGGGACGGAUGCAGGGAAGGCUUUCUGCAUGUUCUACGCAGUCCUGGGGAUCCCUCUGACACUCGUCAUGUUCCAGAGCCUGGGCGAGCGCAUGAACACCUUCGUCAAGUACCUCUUGAAACGCAUCAAAAAGUGCUGCGGCAUGAGGAGCACCGAGGUCUCCAUGGAAAACAUGGUCACUGUGGGUUUCUUCUCCUGCAUGGGGACACUCUGCAUUGGAGCAGCAGCCUUUUCCCAGUACGAGGAAUGGAGCUUUUUCCAUGCUUACUAUUACUGCUUUAUAACAUUGACUACGAUAGGGUUUGGAGACUAUGUGGCCCUGCAGACCAAAGGGGCCCUUCAAAAGAAGCCUCUCUACGUGGCUUUUAGCUUUAUGUACAUUCUAGUGGGGUUGACAGUCAUUGGGGCAUUUCUAAAUCUGGUUGUUCUCAGGUUCUUGACCAUGAACAGUGAGGAUGAGAGGAGGGAUGCCGAGGAGCGGGCGUCCCUGGCAGGGAACCGCAACAGCAUGAUUAUCCACAUCCAAGAGGACUCCCAGCAUGGCCGGCCUCGGUACAAGGCCGAAGUGACAGACCUGCAGUCAGUUUGUUCCUGCAUGUGUUACAGGUCCCACGAGUACACCAGCCGGGUGGUGUCCCACCAAAAUUCGUUCAGCUCGAAGCUGAACCCCCAGUACUUUCACUCCAUCUCUUACAAGAUAGAGGAGAUCUCGCCAAGCACAUUAAAAAACAGCCUCUUCCCAUCUCCUGUCAGCUCCAUCUCACCUGGGUUGCACAGCUUUACAGAUAACCACAGGCUGAUGAAACGGCGAAAGUCCAUUUAAAGGGAUUUGUCUUAUUUUGCUUUCCUUGUUUUUCCCAGUUCUUUGUUGUUUUGGGUUUUUUUGUUCCUUGAGUGAGACGGAGCGAGGCCAAAGGGAGUAGAGCAAGCCAGUCCUCCUCUGAGACUCAGCUCUUGAGCAUGAAGCAUGGAUUUUUACUGUUCCAGCAAAGUAUGCCUUACAUUACCCCCUUGGUGGAUGUCAGAGGAUUCAAGGUGACGUGAAGUGGGUACCAAAUCCAAAGUUGCACACACAGCUGGGAGCCUUCAUGUGCCGCUGGCACUCCUGACCCAACAAACUUUUUUCCUCACGAGCAGGUUGCAGCGUGUGUGCGUGUGCCUGUGUGAGUGCGGGGUGCGUGUGCGUGUGUGUGCGCGUGCAGUUCCACAACCAGUGCCAUGUGACAAAAAUUAAAGCAUCAGGUAUUAUUUUUUCUUUUGCCCUUGAAGCAAAAUUGUGUUCGAGCCUGCUUUUUUUUUAGAUUGCUUCCAAA